UUUCAGGCUGACAAAAAUGGUCCUAAUUUUCAAACUACUUUUGAGAACACUGAACAGACCCUAAAGGUGGCCUUUUCAUCUAUGGAGCUCCUGCUGCACUCUCAGGCACUGCUGUCUGCUAUCAGCUUCAUAACAGAAGCCAUGCCAAGCAUCCCUGAUAAGGCAGAACCAGUCUCUGCACAGAAGAGACCGGACAAAGAGACUUUUGUCAAGAAAGCAACAAAGACCUCCAAAGAUAAGGACUUGAUAGCCUUCAAGGUGUUUGCAAAGUUGAAUUCCUUCAGCAUGAAUGUGUGGGAUGAGAACAAUCAUAUUGCUGAAAUCAAGAUA